AUGAGUAGGAUCUGCAUACGCAGGCAGUCUACAUUAGAAACUAUCAUUAAUAGAGCCUCACAUUAUGCACAACCAACAAUAGAAGAUUUAGAAGUUCUCAAACCUCAACAAAUUCCUAUCGAGGAUGCUGACAAAACUCAACUUUAUCACAGUCUAUACAAAAGAGUCGAUGGCGCAUUCACGAAGGCGCAAUUACGGCAUUUGAUACGUGAGUUAUCCAUGCGUAGUCCGUCCAAAACAACGAAACACAAUCUGGUCGAUUCAUUACUAGCACGCUGGGGUGUACAUUCAGAAAGCUACAUAAAGAAGCAAAGGAUGGUUGAUCUUGCAAGGAAGAAAGAAUCAAGUGCUAUAUUGUCAUUACCUGAUCACGCUCUAUUUCUCCUUUUAGGCCAGGAUGGCCAAGGACACCAGCAGCUUCUCUCACCCAAGUUCGGUGUGAAAGUUGGUAUAAGGCGGGCUCCAAAAUUGGCAUUAUCUAUCACUGGUACACAUGAAGGUGUUGACGGUGCCAAGGCCUUCUUGCAGCGUUUCAUAGAAGAUGUGAAAGUUGUUGAUAUUCAAGCACAAAAUGCGGCACAGAUCCCACGCGCGGUCUUACUAGGUGUAUCCAGGAUAAGUAAUGCCUAUGUUGAUCCUCAAGGACGUGACAAAGGCUUUGUUAAGGUUUAUGCACAAACGGAACAUGAUAUUGAGGUUGCUAGACGUCUUCUUAGUCUUCAUUUGAGUCAUACUGCUGGUAAUUCUCCAGUUGUGGUUGCCCCAGAUGCUCCCCUUACAAUCUUGCCUUACGAUUUUCGUGACGAACGUCCCUGGGAUUUCUUUUCUACGCCUUAUCGCCUAGGUGCCCUCAAAGACUUUGCAGAUGGUCACGAGCGCAUUGAUAUACCGCAAGAGCGCCUCUUUGAGGCUACUAAUUUGUUGAGUAAUUCCAGUGACGAUGUUGUUGAAAUCGAAUUGGGUCAUUAUCUAUACCAACAGGAAGAAAAUUACGUGGCAAAGACCGAAAUUGACACAUCUGCAUUGCCCACUCCACGGUUUAUCCCAUCCGUUAACCCAGCAGCACUCAAGAUCGCAAACAAAGGCGAGAGCCCUGAGUUGCGUCUCGUAUAUUCGUUAAUAGGAGAAAACGGAGAAAAGCUGUCAUUUAUCAGCCUCCUCAGUCAGACAAUGGACGGUCAUGCCAGGUUAACGCAAUCACUUCACAGUGUGACUCAAGAGGGUCUUGUUUUACCUGGAUGUCCAACCGACGCUCGUAUAAGUAAACAUCACAAGCUUGACACCUAUCACGGUCUUGAUCACUCAUUGGGAAGCUGGCUAAAAGAUGUAGAGGCUACCAAUAGGAUGCCACCUCUAAGUCUGAUGGAUGAAAGAGGCCUAGAGUGGCAUCUCGAACAGCAUCUUAUCAUUCAUUCUGCCGAGGUCGAGAUAACGCCAGGUUUAUCAUUGCGCAGGGAGAGUGUAGUGAAUAAUGAAAGCAAUCAGUCUCAUGAAGCUGCUAGUAUUGUCAUAGAAGAAGGAAGCACCAUAGAUAAAGAAAGUAUCUAUGAGAUUUUAACUCAAAAAUGGGCAUUUGUCUACGACCAAAUCAAAUGGAGUAGACCACCACGUGAAUAUCAACCAGAAGAAAGUCUGUAAGAACUCAUAAUGCAUUAAAUUAUUAUUACUUAAGUAUAGGCCAUCCAUGGCUAUACAAUCGUUUCCAUAUGCUUCCUCUAUCGAUGUUAAUAUGUUUUUUCAUAUAAUUGCUGUCUGGGGAUUUCAUACCGAGCUUUAUCCGUCUGAUCCUGGCCAAACGUCUUAAACAAGCGAAGGUGACACCUGCUGAGAGAAUAGCUGUGAAUGCAGAAACGCUAUAGAACGCGUAAGGGUUUUCUUCGAGGUGUGAUUGCAAAUUCAUGCCGAACAAUCCCGCAAAAAGAGUACCUGCGCCAAUUCCAAGUGUCGCUAUUGAAACUUUUAAAUCUAGUGCGAGAAGCGCAUUUCUGUUACUGUCUAGAAUCAACUCGACAAUUUCCUGAGUGCUUGUCACAUUAGCGUCCAGGGCGUCUGCUUCAGUGACAAUCUCCUCAAUCUGCUUGGAGGCACUUUCGAGAAGCAUCUCAAGCUCGUCAUGAUCAUGCUCUUGUCGUGGUUGGCCGGCUUUCUUGUCCGUUAAAUACAUCGAUGCGAGAUCUUCGUCAUUUUUCAGAACUUCUUCUAUAGCCUCAUGUACGAGCGUUGCUCUAUUGCGCAAACCGGAUAAUUUGCGUGAGUAGUGAAGUAAAUUUUUCAACUUCUCGCGCUCUAUGUCGUCUUCUAAGUCAAGUAGUAAAUCAGAUACCAAGCGAGUUGUUAUGUCCAUUUCUGAUUCGAGAGCAGCUGAUAUACUCAAUAGAAUGCUCUCCAAUGCGCGAAAUUCGUAAGGCAUUGCUGAACGUACAUCCCGGAGAUUGUGUUCAAGGUUGUAUAGAAAAACACUCUGUAAACGCGUAUCAACGCUGCCUAUUGGAUCGAAUAAUAGUACUGCAUCACUCUUAACCAAAGCCCGAACAUGG